UUUUUUUUUUUUUUUUUUUUUUAGGGAAGUUUAAGGGUCGGUGAGGUGUAGGGCAGCAUGUGCAGAUGUGUUGAAGGUGGGACGUCAGAUAGUCAGGGUGGGUUAGGUGCUUGCUAUUCAAAGUGUGCUCCAGGGUCUGAUGGCAUCAGCAUCACCUGGGAACUUAUAAGAAAAGCAGAAUCCCCGUCCCCACUAGAGAAUUAUAAUCUGCAUUUUAACAAAUUCUUCGGCUGACUAAUAUCACAUUAAAGUCUGAGCGGUGGCACUGGGCUAGAUUAUGCUAUGGUGUGGAAUAAUCCCAAAAUCUGUUUUAAAGACAAAGAUUAUUUCUUACUCAUGCUGAAAGCCCAUCUGAGGGGAAGGGGGUGGCAAGUAAGUGACUUUGCUUCAUCAUCCUUACUGGGGCACCAGGCUGAUGGAGCCUUCUAAACAUCACCAGUCAUGUGGCAGGGAAGUUCAUAUGUGGCUCUCACACUUCUCUCAUAUUUCCUUGGUCAAAGCAAAUCCACUGUUAUGCAUAAGCCAUGCCUAUCUUUAAGGAGGUGGGAAGAACAAUCCUUACCAUGUACCUGGAAGGAUGGGAAUCCCAGAGGUGAAGCCCCUGAAGCCAGGGAAUCCCAGAGGUAGGACAUUCAAAGGUUCUUACAGUAUAGAUGUGAAGGUAUCAGAUACUGGGGAAAUGAAUCAAAAGGAAGGAAAAAGAAAGCACAAAUGCUUCAGAAUAUUUCUAAAGGAUAGCUACAGAAGACCUCCAGCUUUAGAAAAGGAACAUUUUGGAGGAAUUGGUUGGAGUGGGAAGUGGAAGGGGCUAAGUUUGGAAUGAACAUGCCAAGUCAGAUAUUAAGGUGGAUGUUCACCCUCUGCCUAUCUCCCCAGUCUCAUCCUGUGUCACCUCCCCUUUCUCUCACCAUGUUCCAGCCACACUCACUUUUGUUCCUUCAUGCACCAACCUUGUUCUCACCGCAGGGUUAUUGUACCUACUGUUUCUUCUGGAAUGCUCUUUUCUGGGUUUGUCAUUUAGAACUUAUCAUGGUGUCAUCUCCUCAGAAAGGCCUUUCCCAGUCCAACAAACGUAGCCUCCUAGUCACACUUUAUCACACCUAUUUCAGUAUCAGAAUCAUACCUAGAGUUACUGGAGUAGUUUGGCAGUAAAGAGAAUUAGUACUCUAGCAGGAUUGAGUGGUUUUCUUUUUGUGAGUCCUAUUCAUUUUUCAAGGGAAGUGAGCUAGAGAAGGGGAAAGAUGUAGAAGAGGGGUUCUUAACCUGAAGUUCAUGGACCUCUAGGUGUGUGCACGGGGGAUGGGAAGUGGAGGGGCGAAGAGGAUUUGUAGCUUCAUUAUUUUCCAAAAGGUCGAGACCCUAAGGUUAAUAACCAUUGCUGAGGAGAGACAGAAUAGGUGAGUAAAACAAAGUUAAAAACAAAAACUCCCAGAGGCCCAGAGAAGGGCUAGCUUCAGAGAAAAAAAGGACAAUCUCUUCCUUAAAGAAAAGCUAUAACCAGAUGGGAAAGUUCACAAUUGCAUCACCAUCUCAGCAAAACAGGUAGAAAGACUGAGCUGGAACCAGUGGGAGGCUUGUACAAACACGCCCCAGAGAAGGGAUACUGAAGCAGGGCAGACGGAGGAGCGGGGAAAGCUCCUGCGUUCACUCAGACUAGCCAGCAGCCUUCGUGUAGCUCCCGCGCGGCAGCGUCGCCCAGGAAGUGGUGCUCAAGGCUGGGGCUCGCUGGCAUUGUCCUUCACCGGAGAGCGCCCCUCUUAAACCCCGGCGGACCCGCCCGGGAGGGAGAGCAGUCUUAUCACAAAAGGCAGUCACCACCAGGCAGCGGUGGUCAUCGGCGCGUCAGCUUCGGGGAAAGUGGUACGUCCGAGCUUCUCCACAGCCGCCGUACUUUCCGUGCUUGUUGCGGCAAGCUGUCUCCAGACCCGCCUCUCCGCCUGUCGUCAUCUCUGAAUCAUCCCGCCCCAUUUCGACAUCUCUCUUCCCUCCCUCCAGCUCUCGGCUCGGCGCAGGACCCAGCGACAGCGGGCCCCGGGGAACUCAUUCAUUCAACAACUGCGGGGUUUACAGGGCGACUUCAGGUGCAAGCCUGGUGAGGCGCGCUAGGGCCUGAGGAGCACAGGGCCUUCGGGAGUCGGCUCGCGAGCUGCACGAGACGGGGUGGGGGGCAUCGCUCCAGAUGCGACCAGUCUAACGAGCCGCCGCCCGCUUGUCGCAACAGCUUCCCGGAACGGCCCGCGGGCCGCGCCAGGGGAUACCCGGCUCAAGCUGGCUCCACCUCACGCCGGCCUGAGAUCCCGCGGGAACAGAGCUCUCGGGCCAAGGCCGCCUGCACGCGACCCGCGCAUCCCGGGAUUUGGGGCGGGCGCUCGAACGCAGAUCCUAACGGCAUCCGUCAGCGGUUUGACCUUGAAGGCCUGGCACCACGCCCCAUCCACCCCAGAGGGUACAGCCUGGAGCUCCACAGGCGCCAGUCUGGGGCCCAAAUCCGGCCUCUCUCCCCCCUGGGCUCUUCGCUCUCUUCCGGUAGCCAAUCGGAUCCCGACGUGAUGAGGGCCAAUGGCCGCGGUCAAAGUAUCAAGAGUGGUUGAGCCUAUCAAAGUUCAGCCUUAAGUUUCUCCCGCCCUCCAGAAAAGUCGGAGGGCGGGUUGAUCUUACAUGUUGGCCAAUCAAUAGCCAAUAAACAAGAAGCUUCCAAGAUCAAAGGGGAAGGGGUGGAACCUAAGCAGUAGCAACGCCACGGGGUGGAGGAAUGACAGGCCACUUCUCUAAUACCACACACAUUUUUUUCCUACGAAAGCAAAGGGGCGGGGAUAACUUGGCAGCUGCACCAAUGGCUGUCUGAAGGGCGUGUCCGCGGGCCAAGCGGGAGCCGGAGGCCCCGGGCUCUCUGGGCCGCGCCUGAGGCGGACGCGACGGGGCCGGGGGGCGGUGGCGGCAGUGGCGGCAGCGGCGGCGAGGGUGGGCGCCGCAGCUGGCCCGGGUGGAUGGAGUUGGAGGGGCGGGGUGCUGGCGGUGUGGCGGGGAGGUCGGCGGCUGGGCCGGGGCGGAGCCCCGGGGAGUCGGCGCUGCUGGACGGGUGGCUGCAGCGGGGCGUGGGCCGGGGGGCCGGCGGCGGGGAGGCCGGGGCCUGCAGGCCCCCAGUACGGCAGGAUCCGGACUCCGGCCCGGACUACGAGGCGCUGCCGGCUGGAGCCACUGUCACCACGCACAUGGUGGCGGGCGCCGUGGCAGGGAUCCUGGAGCACUGCGUGAUGUAUCCCAUCGACUGCGUCAAGACCCGGAUGCAGAGCCUACAGCCUGACCCAGCCGCCCGCUAUCGAAAUGUGUUGGAGGCACUCUGGAGGAUUAUAAGAACAGAGGGGCUGUGGAGACCCAUGCGGGGGCUAAACGUCACAGCAACAGGCGCAGGGCCUGCCCAUGCCCUCUAUUUUGCCUGCUACGAAAAGUUAAAAAAGACAUUGAGUGAUGUAAUCCACCCUGGGGGCAAUAGCCAUAUUGCCAAUGGUGCGGCCGGUUGUGUAGCAACAUUACUGCAUGAUGCAGCCAUGAAUCCAGCAGAAGUGGUCAAGCAGAGGAUGCAGAUGUACAACUCCCCAUACCACCGGGUGACAGACUGUGUACGGGCAGUGUGGCAAAAUGAAGGGGCCGGCGCCUUUUAUCGUAGCUACACCACCCAGCUAACCAUGAAUGUUCCCUUCCAAGCCAUUCACUUCAUGACCUAUGAAUUCCUGCAGGAGCACUUUAACCCCCAGAGACGGUACAACCCCAGCUCCCACGUUCUCUCUGGAGCCUGUGCAGGAGCCGUAGCUGCCGCUGCCACAACCCCACUGGACGUUUGCAAAACACUGCUCAACACCCAGGAAUCCUUGGCUUUGAACUCAAACAUCACAGGACAUAUCACAGGCAUGGCUAGUGCCUUCAGGACGGUGUAUCAAGUAGGUGGUGUGACCGCCUACUUCCGAGGGGUACAGGCCAGAGUAAUUUACCAGAUCCCCUCCACAGCCAUCGCAUGGUCUGUGUAUGAGUUCUUCAAAUACCUAAUCACCAAACGGCAAGAAGAGUGGAGGGCAGGCAAGUGAAGUGAAGUAGCACACGAUGCAGCCAGGGUUCCAGCACUGCUGCGUCCUGCCUGCUCCAGCCACGUUCUCGGUCUCCUGGCAUGCUCCAUCCGGCCUUGAGUGGAGGUGGAAGGAAGGUAGAGGGUUCUCCCCAGGCUAUUGGUGUUUUGGCUAACACCAGUUCCUGCCAGCCUCCGUUGCCGCCACCUUUCCUUCCAGGCCCUAAGCAAGUGCAGCAAAGCACACCACAGUACCUUUGCUAAUAACCUUUCUCCAUCCUGGGCCUGAUGACCUACUCUAGACUGUUACAGAGGGACAAGCAGCUCAUUCCCCUGGUUCCUAAUAAAAAGCCUUUAAAUUAAA